CAUCCAGUGUCUGAGCUGAGGGUUGUUCUGUUGGGGAACAGCUGGUCUGGGAGGAGUUCUGUUGGGAACUUCAUACUGGGAGAACCUGUGUUCAACACUGAUGAAGAACCAAACAACUGUCUGAGAAUAGGAGGACAACUGAAGGAGGGAAAAAUAUUUCUGAUCAACACUCCAGAUCUGCUGAAUCCAAACAUCUCUGAAGACAAACUAAGAGAACAUGUAGAACUCUGUGUGAGACUCUCUGUUCCUGGACCUCAUGUGUUCCUGCUGGUUCUACAGCCUGAAGACUUCACUGAGGAACACAGACUGAGGCUCUGCAGAGUCCUGGAACGAUUCAGUGAUCAAUCAUUUGAUCAUUCAAUGGUUCUGAUGUCAAAACCCAAACAGAAGAGUCCAGCUUCAAGGGAUUUUAACAUACACCAGGCACCCUUACAGGAGAUGAUCAGUAUAUGUGGAUUCAGGUCACUGAAGCAGGAGGACCUUGAACUUCGAGAGUUACUGAAAAAUUUUAAACAAAUUGUAGAGAAGAACCAUGGAAACCAUGUGAUGUGUCAUCAACUGACCAUAAAACACAAAGAAGAAUCUGUUG